UAUAUAUUUUAUAGUUUAUCCACCAGGCUAGAGCAAGAGCGAAUCAAUUUAUCUCUCCCAAUCCGGUCCUAAUAAGAUGGAUCUGAUUCAGCUGCAGCCGCCAUUGCAUUUGCAGUCGACACUACAACCUAGCUUGUUCGCUGAUAACUGUCAAUAUGACGACGACGAAGACGAUGUGUUCUACCUUGAGCUCAGAAAACAGGUCCUGCAACUCACAGAAGAAUUAGAUGAUGAGGAUGACGGGGGUUUCAUUGAGAGUAUUUCAGAAACGUCGAUGAAGGCCCAAAAGCAAGUCCCGGAGCCCGAUGGCAGCAGAGGGUUCUACGGUUGGUCCUGGCCUAGUCAUACUCAGAAGGGGGCCCCACCUCCAUGGACAUCGAACUUAUGGAGAAUCGGGAAUGCGAAUGGUAAUGGUAAUGGAACAGGGGUUUUCAUCCCCCAAACAGCCAAGCCCAGAAGAAGAUGCAGAUCAUCAAGAAGGAAGAAGAAUGGAAGAGAAAGACAACUGUGCAAGCAGUUUUGAAAAUAUGAACUCAAGUCAUGCUGCAGAUAUAGAUUAUAUAUAGAUAUUACUUCAAUUCUUUGGUUAUUUCAAAACAUGUGAAAUAUAUAUGUAUCUAAGAUAGAUAGUAUAUUUCUUGCUGUGUAUUAGUAUCUCGAAUAAGUUAAGAAUUGGAAUAGAGACAUGUUACUCUCAAUUCUUUGGUCAUACAUCAUUGUUGGUUUUGUCAUACUAAUUAUGUAUCCACCAUAUAUUGGAGAAAUAGAGAAUUACAACCUAGUUGGAUGGAA